AAUGUCAAUUUUCUUUCUAAUUAAAUUCAAGCUCAGCAUGGCAUUCACUCAGUCAUUCAAGGUAUUUCUGUUGUUUUGCUCUAUACGAGAUAUACUGUUUCAAACCAAAAAAGAACCGUUAUACGGUAUACGAGUGAAAAUUUCAAUUUUAAAAAUUAAUUAAAUGCAUUUAUAAAACAAUAAAAAUUUUAAUUGAUUUCAUAAAAUACGUCCAAGCAAGAGAACGGAUUUAAAUGAAUCCAUUGCCUAAGACUGUUCAAACUUCUUGGCGUCCCCAAUUACCACUUCCUAAAGAAAUUCCAAUAUCUGACGAACACAUUAAUCGUUUUCAAUACGACGAUUAUCAACGAGAAAUCGACAUAGUCGAUGUAAAUCAAAGAAUUGUCGACCACAAUAUAAUGGAUCGUUUCUAUCACAAGGAUAAGAAGGAUGCGACGACGAGCGCUUUAAGCACCUCGCAAAUGUCGCAUGCCUCGAGUGGCGGUAAUAAGAAAUGGUCCUUUGGUCGUUUAUUUCGCCGCAAGAAGGAAAUCGAAUCGGAAUCAUCAACCGAAGAUGAUCGUAGGGCCGGUUUUUCGCCAUCGCAAAAACAUUCACGCGCCAACGCCGCGACAAUAACGAACAAAACGAAAAAACAGAAAACUGCAAAUCGUGGUAGUGGUAAAGUGAGCAACGGCGCCGAACUAGAUCGUGUAGUAGUUGUUAAUCAAAGCUUUUUAAAUGAUAAACAACAUUAUGGUCAUAAUGCGGAGACUGAGUUUUUCCUGCCCGUGGAAAUAAUGCCAGUCCCCAAAGAACAUUAUUAUCAAAAUCAACAGGCUCAGCCACAACAGCCAACGCAAUUAAAAUCGCAACAACACCAACAACAACAACACCAACAACAACAGUACCUGCCACAUGCUACAAUAAUUAAUAAAGAUCAUCAUAAUCGAUCACAUAUGAGCCGUUCAGCUAACUCUUUAGAAAGACAUUCAGCCCGUUCGAUUCAGAAACAUCGUUCAGAUUAUAAAAGCCCGCCGAUUACUAAUUUCCAAGGUAAUGCAAUCGUUUGCAGCUCGAGUGAAGAAGAGCUUACUUCACUUAAUUCAGCUACAUUUUCAAAGCAUCGAAGCGAUGAGAGCGCGUACAGCGGUAGUCAGGCUGGAUGCAACAAUAAUCAAAAUCGAAAGAGUCGCGCAGCUCGCAAUGAACGCUAUUAUAAACGUUUGUCACGUGACAGUGAGAAUAGUAACGGUCAAAUACCCGUUAAUUAUACUACGCCCCCACCCACUUCUGUACAUAAAUGGAAAACUCAACCAGUACCUUUAUCUAUCUACCAAGCUUCUAAGGAAAGUCAUGCUUCCUUGAAGGCGUUAAAACCAAAUUUUCAAAUUAUCAAUUCUAACAAUGGAUAUCAGCAUAGCAAGCUGCGUAAUACAAGCAGUUUGCAGCAUGUGGCUCCGUAUGUACAAUGGAGUCAUGUUCAGCAACGACCAAAGAACUUACAAAACUCAGUCAAUGAUGCCAAGAGAAGCAUAAGCUAUGAUAGUCAUAUUCACUUGCAAAAAGUUAACAAUAAACAGCAAACCAAAUUACUGCCACCUCCUCCGCCUCCCCGAGAUCCAACCAGGCGUGUUAAUAUUACAGGUCACCUGCAAAAUGCCAGCUACGGUGACUUACGUCCGAUUUCUUAUGCAUUUGACCAAGUUGGCAUACCAGUUAUGCCAGCUAACGGUUUAAACGGUCGUUGUGUUUCAGACGAUAAAAUUUGGGCACAAACAUCACAUUAUCAGUCGAUAAAUUCAUUGAAUGUACCGCAAGUGAAGCAAAAUCAAAGGACCUGCAGAUUUACAAGUCAGGGCAAGCAUGGCGAUCAAUCCGAGAAAACGUCUUCGCCUAAUGGUUUAGAGUUUCAUUACGUGGCCGAUGCUGCUCCGCGUUCUCGAAAACCCAUCCAUUUAUUGAAUCAAAGUAGCAUGCCCGACGAAACGAAUGAUCCCCCUUCAUCGGGGAUUUUACGUACGACAAAAAGCGGCCUGCCCAGUUCACCACCAACAUUAAAUGCUUCCGAGUUUUGGAAGCAUUUAGAUAAAGCUGUCGUGCAAAAUCAAUCACCUGCUAAUAGAGGUAGACAUGCAGAGCGUGCUACCAUGUUGAAUGGUUCGACGAAACCACGUUCAGUAUCUUCGUCAAGAGUAACUGAAUUACGUUCUUAUCCGAUACCCAUGUAUUCAGAAGUCUAUAAGCCUAAACGGAAACCACAAGUUUCCGCGACUUCCACCGCAACGCUUCAAACGAGUACUGAUGAGGUAGACAGUGUUAUUUGUGGUAGCUUGUUUAUUAAACCAUCGUUGGAUAAUGAAAAAACCCGCGUAGAAAUACGUAAUAAGGAUGUGAAUAAAAGCAAUUCAAUGCCCAAUCGUUAUCAAAGAAGAUCUAGCGCGGAUUUAAGCUUGACUAAGCUUGAUAUUUAUGACGCUUCCGUAACCGAAAAGAAUGAACAGCAACACAGUGCUCCCGUGAUUUUAGAUACGCCUUUACCGUCAAAGAGAACAGUAGUUGGCCUCCACGGAAUUCCGCAAAUAAGUUUUCCACGUAAGAAACCAACUAAUCUGGAGGAAGCCAUAAAUGAAUUGGAAGCCAUCUACAAAUCUUUGGGUUUGACUGAUGAAAAUGAGAAAAAGGAAAAUACUUCCACAACUGCCGAUUUCGAAAAGUUUGCUUUAGCUCAUGCCGAUGAGUAUGAAGAGGAAGAUUCACCGACUGGAGAACCUGAUCCUAUUAGAGAUGAUGUAGCCUAUCGCAACAUUAAAUUGGCAAAUUUACAGCAUAAGACUGUCGAAAAACAGCCGCCUUUUGGUAUACCAUUAGGUCCAAUAGUGCCUGCAGCGAAAACUGACUAUUUACAUAUUGAAUCUGGUGGAGAUAUUGUAUGUGUUAAAAAUAGUAAAACUCCAGACGUGGUAAAAGAUGAUUUGGCUGUGAGAACGUUAAGAAAAGAGCCGCCUGGAUCAAAAGAACGUUUCGUAUAUCCUACGGAAAGUUUGAUAAAGAAGAACAGAGCUACCCGUACACAGUCAGCCAAUAUCUAUUCCUUAAUACAAAGGGAUGCCGCUAAACCCUCAGGGGGUGACAUUUUGUCUUUAUACUACGAGUGGGCGCCUAACGUUGAUCGAUCAGGUAGUAUGUCGGAUAUACAUAAAAAUAAUUCGCCCAACGAUAUACCAUCCACUCUUAAAUUAUUGCAAAGUCUCAGAGAGCAGGAACAGGAGGUACAACUUGUAAAAAAAGCGACUGUACCGUUCCGGCAUCCCAGUCAAGGGGGCGCUAUAUGUCAGCUACCAGAGGUUUUAAGAAAUCCAGUGGCAAAAGAUGAAAAGUCGUCAAAACCUACACCGUUGCCUCGAAAAUCAAUAACUCCGGAGCCUUUAAGUUCUACGACAUCUCAAAUGGAAGAGGCAUUAAAUAAAAUAGCUCAAGAUGCUCAGGAGAGUAGCAUUAAAUUAACUCAAGAACUAAAGGAGCUAAGAAAGGAGGCUUUAAUUACUGCUUCUAAGCCGAAAAAUACGCAGCCAGAUGAGAAAAAUUUAGAUUUAGAAUUAAGAGAGAUUGAAAAAGUUUCUGAAGCGGCCAAAAAAUGUAGCAAAAUGUUAUUGGAUGCUUGGCCGGUUGGAAAAGAAGAGCUGAGUCAUAAGAAUUUGCACAAAGAAGAUAAAUUGAUUAAAGCAAUAGAUCAAGUUUCUGAAGCUGCCAAUAAAGUUUGCGAAAAAAUUUUGAACGAUAUGGUCGUCAAUGAAACGGCGAAAAUCAACGAUAAAACGUUAAUGAAAAGUUUGGAAAGCAUGCAAACUUCAACUAUAGAUGAUAUAGCUAAACGUUGUAUGCGUCAACUCAAGGAUUUGGCUGAACCAACCGAUUAUGAUAAUGUGCGAGUGGGAGAACGUAACAUGGUGUCAACCUGUAAUGUUGAAACUAUUGAGCAAAAUCGCCAGCCUCUAAAAGAAUUAAGUAAUUCUAAUCUUACAGAAUAUCGCGGCAGCCAUAGAGUUGUAACAAAGCCGAACUCAGUAAUUGAGGAAAUCGAUCAGAUAAUGAAAGAAUGUGAAGAUCAGGCACGCGAUCAAGGUCAAACGAACAGUAAAGACCAAGCAAAUGCUGGCGACAAAAUGAAUAAGGUAAAGAAGAGUGAAGCAUCGAGUGCAACGACCUCUUCAUUUUCCUCGUCCAGUGAUUGUUUGGUUAAGUCGUCAAGCCCAUCGGCUAGUCGACGACAAUCGUCGAGUAUAACUUCCUUCAAUCCUUAUUCGUCUAGCGAUUAUAUUAAAUCACCUAGUAGCGAUUUUCAAGCACCUAGCACCGAUCCCAUUAAAACGUUUAGCACUACUUCCUAUGAUGUACAAACGACAACUAACAGUGCCACUUCAAUUGUUACCACUACCACUAAUAGCAAUGUUAGCUAUUCACCAUCAUCGACACCGCCACCGCAACCGCAACCGCAACCGCAACCGCAGCAACCGGUACAAUCAACGUCUAAUAAUAUGAAUAUAAUUAGUGCACGGCCGCAGAACGGUCAUUCUUCGUCACCAUCUCAGUACAAUUCUUCCGAGGAAUUGGCUCAGAUAUUUGGUCAUGUAGAUGAGAAUUCCCCAAGGAAUCAAGAAUCCGUCUCCACAUCGAAUAAAAACGAUUUUGAAAUCAUUGAAAGUGCUACAAUUUACUUAAACUCAGCAUCAGCCACUGCCAAAAAGAGCUGCCAGCAACAAAAACAACUGCAAUCAGAUCUACAAUCACAGUUUGAACAACAAUUGGAGCAACAACAGCAAAAGCAACAUCAACAGGAGCAGCAGCAACAACAAAUCAAUCAAAAAAACACAACAGGCACGAAACGUUAUCAAGGCCAUCAUCCCCACUUUCAUCAUCACACAACUCCCGCUUACUACACCGACUUACAUUUAAGAAUACAUACACCUGAAGCCAAAGAUUCAUUGAACGAAAAUUAUCAAAGUGUUUAUAGAACACCAACGAAUUUAGUAAAAGACGAACGACAGUUUCCGAAAAGUUCAACCGCAACGGUGGCACCACCACCCAUUAGUGGAAAAAAUUCUACAAAAUCGGACAGCAUUAAUAAUAAUAAUAAUAACAUAUCGACAGAGAAACUCAAUAAAGCAGCAACGUCAGCUUUUUUUCGUGGAGGUACUGCAAUCAAAGAGCCACAAAAAAUAUCCGAAAUUUAUGCAAGAUCUUCGCCAACGUCUGCGACAAACCCCGUAAAAGGUAAUUUAGAUAUAGAUUCCCCUCGAACGGCUCGCAUUGUUGCAAGUAGUAUAGUAACCCUUAAUAACGUAACUUCAACAGCAGAGCAUAAAACACAAUCAUUAAAUAAGCCAAUAAGUGGUAGCACCUCAGCGGAACGCAGUCGUAAUUGUAAACGUUUCUCUAAUCGUAAGAAAGUGGUGCGUGUGCGUAGCGAAUCACGCCCUAUUAGUGCUUUGUAUGAAAUAAUAUGCAAAGAAACCGGUCACGAUCUCUUUACCACAUCAACCAACGACGAAGAUUCCUCCUCCGAAAGCAAUAUCAGCGACGACGAAAAUAUACGUAAUUAUCAAGUAAGACGCUCUCGUCGAUCACAUUCAAGUUCCUUGUCGCGACAAAAUAAACCACACGGUACCGGGAAUUCUUCUACCAUGUCUGGUGGCCUAGAGAACUCAUCUGGCGGUGAUUUUCCGCAACAAAAACCAAAUGCGCAACUGAAAAAAAACAAUCCGAUUUACAUAAACGAUCUCAGCGAAGACGAUGACGAUCUUGUGCAUAUUGAAGGGGGUUGUUCACGAAAAAAUCUGCGCUUGCGUGUAACGCAAAAAACGACAAAUCUAUUAGAUGAUAAACGUCAACCCAGAAAGGUCGCAUCUUUACCACACAAUCAAAUCAGUCAAGAAACUCAUCAUCAUAUUCCUCAGCAAUUUCACAUUUAUAUUCCAUCAGUAGAGACUUCCUCCUCUAGUAAUGCCCCCAUUCGUAACUUUCAUUCGCUGAAGCAGGUAGAUUCAAGCUCAUCCGAACACAAAAAAGAAUUACCCAACAUUAGCAGUAGUAAUAAAUCAUCUAGUAAUAAUAAUAUCGGUUGUACGAUCCCGUUGGUCGGUGCCACAGAUUUGCAAGGUAAUGAAGAAUGCAGUGCACAAGACGAAAUGAAGACAGGUGCAGACAAAUCGUUAACCCUCUUCCCAACGGCCAGUACACCGUACGAAACCUUGAUGUCUCCUAAGGGGGCACGUUUUACUCGCAAGCACAAACGUAAUCGCGAUGAAAAACAAAGACGUCAUACCGUUAGCUCAAUAAAACUAACUAACGAUGCUUCAGAAAAUGACGACCAACUACAACAACAACAACAACAACAACAACAACAACAACAAAAGAAGCAACAACAAUAUAAUCAAGAUUUAAAUGGUGCUGGUCACGAAAAUCAUGCUUUACCACCAACUAAUGCCUCUAAAAGAUAUAUAACUCGAAAUCAGCGUAACAAUUCAUCCGGUUUAAAUGGUAACGUUUCACCUCAUUCAGUACAUGCAGUAACACCGUCCGAUAGCUUACCGCCCCCUGAAUUGGGAGCAGCGACAGUAACAGCAACAGCAACAACAAUAGCAGAGACAUCAGCAAUUAUAAAAAACAAAAGAGCGAUAGCAACGGGAGGAAAGCCAACAACAAUAAAGUCGACAAAACUAACAACAAAGGCAACAACAAUUAAUAGCGAUAAACAGCAUAUAGAUAUGACCAAUUCUGCAAAAGUUUCAGCCACCUCCGCAAAGAAUGCAUCACCAACAGAAUUAAAGAGCUCGUCAGCUAUUGGUGGUGCCGGUAGUUGUGGUGGUGGCGGUGGCGGUGGCGUUCAAGCUGAUUCGAAUGGAACACUUUCAAAUGCUACCGCAACAACUACCUCAUCAACAACUUCUAUUCCAAAUAGAAAUAUGCAAAUUCCAGCAUACUGUAGCGCGCAUAAAAGUAUGGAUCAAUCCUUUAUCCUGAAAUCUAUGAGAAAGACUUGCAAUAAACUUCAUAAACAACACCCGACUAAUACCACCAACACUACUUCCAAUAAUAUCAAUAAUAAUUGCCAUCAUAUUCAUAUAAAUAAUAGUUUAAAUAGUAAUAAUAAUAAUAAUAAUAAUAAUUAUGCCACACCUACCGCCUCUACGUUACUUAAACAACGUCGUCAUCAUAAGUCAAGUUGCUCCACGUCACUUGUUCCUCUUUCACCUAAACAUCGUAAAUGUCCCUUAUCGCCGCUUAAUAUUACCAAUGCGAAUGCAACAACAAUACCGUAUCAUCAUUAUUCAGUACAAUCGCCAUCAAUACAGCAACAAGAACAACAACAGCAACAGCAACAACAACAACAACAACAACAACAUCAGCAACAAUUCUCGCCACAAUUGUAUAAUAAAUUUAAUAAAAAUUCACCAGCGAGUCCUUUAAUGAUAAGUUCGUUACCCACAACACCGUUAUCACCGAAUUCUGUGCAUUUAGUGCGUACAACAAAAACGUCACGUUUACGGGCCGCCGCGCUUGAUAAGAAAAAAGACGAUCCAACCUCACCAAAACAUCAUUUAAUGCUUAAUGCUUCAGUGUCGUUAGGAGCUUCGCAAGGUAUAAGUAAUUCGGAUAGCGAGCAACAAGGAAACAAAUUAUCAUCACCCACUACAGCGUACAAUAAUCGCCAGCAAUCGGUAAUUGGUAAAAAAUCUGCUGCUGCGACUGCUUCAUGUUAUGCCAAUCGUUCACGUUCUAUUAACUUGAAAACUAAUUCCGCUUGUAUAUUAAAAACUUUGAAACAAAAAUCACAAAAUUCUGAUACUACAACAAUUAAAACAAAAGAACCGAAAAUCUCAAAAUCAUCAACAUUAUCUUCGCAAAUGAUACGUAAAGAUGAUAUCAAGUUUAUUAAGAAUAUUUAUGGUGAACAAGAGGAAGUUGAGGAAGAACAGCGAUACGAAGAAGAAGAUGAAGAAAUCGACGAUGACAAUGACGAAAAUGAUGAUGAUGAUGAUGAUGAUCGUGAUGAUAAUAACGAUGAUAAUGAUGCCGAUGAUUAUGAUCGUGAUAAUGAUGAUAAUCGUGAUGAUGGUAACGACGAAGAAGAAUAUGAAGAAGAUGAUAUGCUAGAAAUUAACGAUUUACCUGCAAUAUCCAUGAAUUUUACAAAACCGCUUUAUUCCCCAAAUGUUGUAUCCCUUGAUAUUAAUAAUACUUUAGAUAGAAUGGAAACUUUGGAUGCACGUAAAAGUCUCGAUAAAGUAAGAAAAUGCAAUGAAGAACGCGAUAAAUCGUCAAAACGUAAAUCAAAUUUGAAUCGUUCCUUAAAUGAAGAGGCAGCAUUUGAUAAUGAUGAAUCUGCAGCUUUACGCCGGAGACGCCGUCGUGAAUUGGGUAUGGCUCGUCAAUUGGUACCCGGCGAUAAUGAGGCUAUCGCCGUACGUGAUUUAAUUUCACCACAAAAAUGUAAAUGUAUACCUGAGGAUGAAAAAACGAAAGUGUCACCAAUUCAAAUUUGCUAUUUGGAUAUGACGCAUAAAGGUAUUGACGCAACUAACACUACAAAAAAUCAGACUGCAAAUGAUAAUGGAUAUGACGAGACAUAUAAAGGCAUGUACACGUUAGGCUAUCAUAUGGAAAUGGCACGGAAAGGUCAAGAUAAAAUCAAUGAACGCAGAAGAGGUCAAAUAUCAAGCCCGCGGAAAGAGAAAACGCCACCAAAAGCAAUAUCAAAACCGAACCGCAUUAAUGAUCCUGCUCUCUUAGAUGAUCUUAAAAUGCAGAGAAGCAGUGACGUGAAUCGCAAAGUGAACGAACGGACUCGAGCUGAUUUGGCCGAUAUCAUCAAGAUAGCCGAGUUGGCUAACGAGUGCACACAAAGUACUUGCAACGCCAUAAGCAUAUUAAAUGAGACCGUCAAUCUAUUGCGAGUAAAUCAAGUGACAGUCGAUUCGGAAGGUGAACGAAAACCGUCACCUGCCAAGCAUGCCACCUUCUUGGAGGAAGAGUGCGUUUAUUAUGAACCGUAUCCUUUGGAAAACUGUGACCCUGGCACUGAUAACGAUGAUGAAAAUUUACAAGUCAGCCCGGUAGGUGGUGGCAUAUUGCGCACGCAGCGCAUGCUUAAAGCUCGCAGCGUAGAAGGAGAUGUCGGAUAUGAGAUGCCUAAAUUGUCUCCUAUAUUGCGUCGCAAAAGCACUGACGAUCCUGCCGGUGGUAUAUCAGCGGGAACGAGUCAAAUUGUCUCAAUACUAAAGAAGAAGGAUCAUUUAUCGGCAGGAGAUUCAAGUUCUGCUUCAAGUAAUGCCUCUCCUGUCACUUUCUCCUCUAAUGUAGUAGAUACACCGACCAAGCAGAAACGAGCCGGUAUACUGAAAAAACGUUCAUCGUUAGACGAGUCACGCUAUUAUUCGCGUUCUCACUCGCCCGACGAACGUAGCAUUUUAGUUAAAUCGGCUCGUCGCAACUCUUUGGAAGAGACAGCGGCUGGCAGCACUUCUACAACUAGUGGUCAUCAUGGCAUUUUAAAGCAAAGCAGUUAUGAUAGCAACAAAAGCGAUGGCUGCCCGUCCGCGUCAGGUGAAUCCUCGCAACCGCAUAGCAUACUUAAGAAAAAAGACUCAACGUCCACACCUUGUGACGGGGCGUCUGGCCAUUCGUCCAAACAUGUAUCAAUAUCACAAGCAGUAAUACUAGCAGCUGCUGAACUUUAUGCUGCCGAAACCGGAACUAGCCCUUCUAGCAACGGUAAUGAUUCGCUAGGAUUCACGCCAAAUAAUGAAGAAUAUGAGCUGAGGCCUAUUUUGAAACCUGAAACCCCAUCCACAGAUGAAAGUAUUAGGCCACCAAAACCUAUAUUGAAAAAGAAAUCUUUAGGUGAUUCCGAUGAGCAUGAGAUAAAGCCAAUUUUAAAAACCUCACGCAAAUCAAGCCGAGAAGAAUCUGAUCUAUCGAAUGUGCAUGGAGAAGGAGAACAAUCCGGUGAACCAUUGGUUAAACCGAUACUUAAGACUGAUUCGCCAUCAAAACGACGUUCGUUGGGUGAUGCCGAUCACACUGAAGAAGAUCGCGGUCCAGAUUCUUUAUUAUUGAAGAGACGUACACGUUCAUUAGAACGCCAGGAUGGGCCAGUCAUUGAUCUGGGCGAGGCAUUAAACGCCAUUGCCACCUCACAAACACAGGCCAAUGAAUUGGCUACUACCUUAACUAAUUCGGUGGCUGGUCAAAAUUUCUCAGUUGCCGAACGUAUUAAGUGCAUGGAAAAGUUCCUAAAUUUCACAAGCGCCGGUAAUCAAACACGAGAUUCAAUUACUUCCCUCGAUUUGCCGUGCGUUGUUGCAUCAGCACCUAAUGCUUGUUUUAAACAAGUGACGCCUAAUGUGAACAAGCGUGAGCUUUACAAAGAUCGUUUCAAAACGCAACCGGUUACGAAUGAGGAAAAGAAUGCCUUUAAAAGUGACGCUUCAGUUUCGCAUACCACAACGAGUACAACUUCAACUAAAUCGUUGGAGGGACUUUGUGGUUCACCAAGUCUACCUUUAUUUAAUACACAAAUAAAUCGUCAACAACCGAAUGUUUCGCCAUUCUUUACUUUGACACGUUCGCCUACACAAUCCGUACAAACGUCAGUUGUGAUUAAAAGCAGCAGUAAUUUCUCAACGCCAUCACAAUCUGCCUUUACGUCUAUAGCUGCAAGUGCUAUUUCAGCAUCAUCGACGCCCUCAUCACCGGUCAAUAAUUUAGCGCAUAAAACAUCCACAAAUAGUGCCAUUAAAUCGAUAAAUAUGAGCAGCGUUACCGAUAUUUUAGAAUUAUCGCCAAUAUCGGGCAGUGAUAAUAAUACCAAUAUAACUAACAAUGCAAGCGAAUCACGAAUAAUUGAAAUGUCUAGUCUGGAACUGGACGUUGAUAUGCCCGAAAUGAAAUCGCCUGAGAGUCAAACAAACGCUUCGUCAACGUGCGGUAUCGUACGUACAAAUAGUGUGCGCGCGCGAGCCAAUAUGUUUCAACAAUUGCAGAAGAAGCCGAGUGCUGUUAACUCAAAUCGGGAAGAACGCACUUCACCGAAGAGAGUAACAUCACGUCCAUCGCCUUCUUCGACAAUUGUGAUCCGGAACAAUAAUAAUAACGACCAUGCAAAUAAAACGUUGCAAAUAGCAAACAAUAGUCAGCGAACGUUGAAUACGACGGACGAUGAAAUCGCUACCGCAACGAAAACAUUAAAUGCCCCAGCAACGAUCGGUUUAAUAAAAUCGAAAUCGGGUUGUUUCGGUUUAAUGACGUCGGAUUUGAAUAAUGAAUUGAAAAAUCGUUUAAAAAGUUCAGAACAUGCUACGGUCACAAAUCUGCGUAAAUCGUGUACGACAAGUGAUACGAAAUUAUCAUUAGAAACGGAUCAGACGACGACGACGACGACGGCAACGACAACGACAACGGCGGCUUUACAUGAUGAUACCGUAAGUUUAGUGCGUAAUCUUAGCAGUUUAGGUAAACUGCCGACAGAGCGUCGCUUAGCCCCCUCUUCUGGUGGUGAUGGUAACGAUAACGAAACCGAGAUAGCAUCAACAUCGGAGGGCGAAUCAUCGGGAGGUCGUGAAAUAUCAGAAAUUAUUAAAAAUAGUGCCAUAGCACGUAGACGUAAAUUAGCGGAUGGUAGUUUGAUAGCUAAGAGCAAAAGUCAUUCGGCCAUAGUACCGCCACCAGGUGCCAUAGCUAUAGGCAUUGGCCCACAGUUACCUCCCUUAGCAGGUGGUUUCGUGAAACUACGUCAUGUUGUAAAUUCUGGCGAUAUUAUUGAGCAAAAAUCACAACAACAACAACAACAACAACAACAACAACAACAAGAUACUAUUGAUAACGUUUCUAAAAACUUCGAACAUCUAACAGGUAAACGCAAUUUCGAAGUGAAUUACGAAAAGGAAGACGGAGAAGAAGAAGAAAAAAUUUUAAAAAAUCCCACAGCAUUACCCGCAUUUUUACAAGGAGACCUUAGACGUUCUAAAACACAAGUCAUGGGUCCCGAUCAGCGUGCUUUGAAUAUAACUAAGACAAGUUCUAUAGCCGAUCGAUUAGCAGCUUUGCAGAAAAGCGGCGAAGAUGAUUGGAAGAAACGCAUCUCGAAACGUGAUGAUAUCGAUGAAAUACGACGAGAGAACUUAGUUAACGAAUCUCUGUCUCUGGCGCACAAUCUUUCUAAUAAACCUUUGCCUACCUCACCGCUAAUAGCGACCAAUCUAGAGGGUGGUAAAGUUUCGGAUCGCGUGGGACAAUUGAAAUCAUCCUCAGAAAAUUGGAAAACUCGCGUCGAACAAUCGGAUGCUUCGAAAUUUACAGUCGCCGGACGGCUGCAAAAGAAAGCACAAUCCCCCGUAGAAUUACAAUUUGAACGUGACCAUAAUGGAUCACCCAAAAAAUGUCCCUUAUUAACAAUACGCAGUGCUAAUCAGCCAUUGUUGGGUUUGGCGAAAAGUCCUUCGAUGAUGGUAAACGGCAACGGGUGCCAACGUAACGCCAGUAACGGUGCUUUAUUUGUACAACGUAGUCUAAGUAUGGAGACGUCAAGCGUAAUGGAAAUAAAUUCGGCAAAUAAUUCGGAUUCGGAUAAUGAACGCGAAUUUAUCAGAGAAUCAGAGAAAAGUAAUGGUAUCGAUGCUAGUCCUAAUAAUGGAGGUCGUGUAGUUGUGCCUAAAAUCGACGAUGAGGAGACAUUUGAGAAUUUCUUUGCAUCAAAGAAAUCGAUAGCCUCCAAGCAAGAGAUGAGCAUCGAUGUAACCGAUUUUGAUAAAAUUAAACCGACCGCACGGUUGGCAAUUAACAAACGUAACAUACAAUUACCAAGAGGUCGAAGGGCUGCACGUAACCCUUUAAAAAGUCUAGCCAACCGUCAAGAUAUUGCUACAGAAUACACUGAAAUGAAGAUGGGCAUAGUAGAAAGAGAGAUGAGGAGAAUUAAAGUUGAAUCAUAUGGCGUACGUUGUUCAUUGGCAGCCGAAGCGUUAGCUGGCUUAGCUUCAGUUGAAGAUUUCAAAUCGGUAGCAUUAAAAUCUUCGACAUUACCAUUGAAUCAGAUGUGGCUGCCAUAUAAGCCUCUUAUGUUGUUGCACAUCAAAGGUCGCACUCAUGUGCAGACACGCCUAGUUGAACCGUCUUACCAGUCGUUAAACAGAGGCGAUUGUUUCAUUUUAGUCACCGAUACGUUACUGUAUCGUUAUGUGGGCUCUUAUGCGAAUAUAAUUGAAAUCUCACGCAGUAAAAAGAUUUGCGCUUAUAUAUUAGAGAAUAAGGAUCUUGGUUGCGCUGCAACUGCGGAGGUUAUACUCACCGAUGGUAAAUUUUUAAAUGAAAAUCAUUGGAAGAAAUUCUGGGAGUUACUGAAUAAACCAGAAGACUACCAAAUUCCCGACAGUGGCCAUGCCGACGAAGAUGACUUAUUCGAAAUUAGCUUGAUAGAGACGAAUAAAGUUUAUGAGUUUCAAGAUGAUGCUCUCGUGCCAUAUGAACGUUACUGGGGUUCUAUUCCCAAGGUGGAUAUGCUUGACUCGCGUAAGGUAUUAAUAUUCGAUUUCGGCUCCGAAUUAUACGUAUGGAAUGGUAAAAAUGCAUCCUCGGAUGCCAAGAGAGCGGCCAUCAAAUUAGCUCAGGAGCAUUUUGAUGAAGGUGGCGUUGACUAUACAAAGUGCUACCUCAAUCCGAUGAAUUAUUCAACAAUUGUAGGCUUGCGAGAUAAUUAUAAUUUCCUUAAAUGCAGCAAUAGGCGUGGCGAUUGGUGUAUUUUGGGUAAGAUUACCCAGAACAUGGAAACGUGUUUGUUUAAAGAGAAAUUUUCUGAUUGGCCUGAAAUCGAACGGGAAGACUUGGAAAAAGAUUAUUUGGUAAAUGGUGUUCAUGCGGUAAAACCUUUAGACGGAGCUAAUUUAUUCAAAGGUGCACCAUAUGUAGAACCGAACUUAAUAUUGGAACAGUCUAACUUGGGACGUGGCAAUUUCUACUACGAUAACGAUAGCAUGCGUCACUUUGACAUUAUUACCAAGUCCAUCGAUAAAUGGCAAAUUAAUGAAUACAAUUUCGAUAAGGCUAAAAAGGAUAGCUAUGGGCACUUCUACACCAAUGAAAGCUAUAUAGUACGUUGGAUGUAUCAGAUCUCGGUAUCAGUUAGGGAACUAAGUGGACGAAUUUCCAAUCGCGCUACGGUGGGACGUGAACGCUGCGUUUACUUCACCUGGCAAGGCAGUGAAGCUUCCGCCAAUGAAAAAGGCGCAGCUGCCUUACUAACCGUAGAACUUGAUAAGGAAAAAGGAGCACAGAUGCGCGUAGCUCAAGGUGAUGAAAGUACGGCUUUUAUACGUCUCUUUGACACUAUGUGGCUACACAAAGGCCGCAAAGAGGACUGCUUACGUAAACAGAAAGAAUGGCGUUUAUAUCUGGUGCAUGGUAAUGUGCCGGAAGAGGCCUUAUGCAAGGAGGUCCGUUGUCAAGCACAGCAGUUGCGUUCUAGAGCUUCAAUGCUCUUAAUAAAUGGUGAAAAAGGUGAAAUUUAUAUUUGGCACGGUUGCCAAAGUGCUAAACAUACUCGUGAAGUAGCCGAAAAGACUGCCGAAAAACUUCGUCUGAGCAAACCAUACGAUUUGUUCAGCGCCAGCACAAUCACAGUCGAUAUUAUCGAGGAAAUGCACGAACCGCGGGAAUUUAAAAAAGUUUUAGAUUUAGACUAUCUAACAAACGCAUCUGAGGUCUAUGGUAGUCUUUGGGAUAAAAAACCUAAAGACUUUUUCUACACUCCACGCUUAUUUCAUUACUCCAGUACUCAAGGUAUAUUUAACGCCAACGAAUUGCUAUCACCCCUGAGAUGUAAAGAUCUGCUGACGCCGUAUCCGUUUACACAAACUCAGCUAUAUAGUGCUCGGCAACCGACCAUAUUUAUGCUCGAUGACGGUGACGUGUUAUGGUUGUGGAUGGGUUGGUGGCCUCUGGAGGAUGUCAAAAUUACCGCUGAAGAACGCGGCAGCCCUACGAAUGACAACCGUGCGGGAGUUAAUCGAUGGAUUUCGGAGCGCAGAGCUGCUUUAGAAACGUCGGUUUCAUAUUGGAGAGCCAAGUUUGGAGACAGCAUUGAAAAGAAAUUUCACGGCAUUCAGGGUUACGUGGUAUGGGCUGGUUUGGAGUCCGCAGCAUUUAAAGCUUUAUUCCCUGAUUGGUCCGAGAGAGAAGAUGUCAGAGAGAUUAAUUUACAAGAUGGGCGUUCCAAUAAGCCCAUUCCCAUUACUGAGGUACUGACACAGCUUACGCAGACAGAAUAUCCGUGGGAGGUAUUAAAAGAGCGUCCUCUGCCGGAAGGUGUAGACCCUACACGUUUAGAAGUAUAUUUAAAUAAUGAAGAUUUUCAAAAGGCUUUAGGACUAUCGCGUGCCGAGUUCGAGCAAAUGCCCGUCUGGAAGCAAACUAAUUUAAAAAAAGAAAGAGGUCUCUUCUAAACUAUUAACCCUGAAAAGGAACAAAAAAAAAAAAAAAAACAGAAG